AUGAAGGAAACAGCCACAAAACAGUUUGAGUUCCCUGACAGAAAACCAGAAGACUGGGAACUUAUUGCUUCGAUGGUUGCCCCUUUUCCGAAAGCACAAAUUACCAAGGACAAUGUCUCUACAGCUCUCUCGUGGUUCGAUGAACUUUGCAGUGCCAGAGGCCUGGAAAUAUGUGAUAAGGUUUUUUGCGAGGAUGUCAUAUGGGUGUUGCUGACAGAUACAAAAUCUGAACCACUUUUGUCGUCUGAGUCAGAGCUGGAGGCAAUGCGCUCGGAGCGGGCCCAAGUGUUGGAGAAGCUUCAGACAAGCUUCACUUUCAGCUUGACGCGUUCCAAAGGGGCUUGUUUUGCUAUUCUUCACCGUUGCCUGGAAGAUGCCCCUUACCUUUUUGGAAUGGAAGAGGUCAACAUCUUGGUAGCGUUUCUGGCAAAGCAUGACGAGUGCAAGGAACAGCUUUGGGAGUGCCUCAAGGAGUAUGUGCCCUCCACUGUAUCAAACUGGCAGUUUGAAGAACUCCUUGGACAGGAUCUAUUUCCAGCUUUACUCCACGGCGAAAUGGCCCUGCAUGACCAGGAAGCUCGAUUCAAGCGUCAAGUUGCCAAGGUUGCUGAUGGGCUGUCCUCCUAUGCCAGGAGCCAGCUUGGACAGGAUGAUUACAUUUGCCGAAACUUGUUUUCGCAAAACUAG